UCAUAAAAAUCUGAUUUUUUUCUAGUUUCAUCUUAGUUUUCAGCUCAAUUGUCAAUUGUUCCAUCAAUCUUGAAGUACCAAAAUUCCUAAGAUUUUGUUAGGGGAAAUGAGGGAAGAAGAUUCCAAUUGGUUUGCUAAAUGGGAAGAAGAAUUGCCUUCUCCAAAGGAACUAAUGCCUUUAUCCCAAACCUUAAUUACUCCUAAUCUAGCUAUAGCUUUUGAUAUUCAAAACCCCAAUACCCCAAAUCCCAAAAUAUCACCACUAGUUCAUACUCUUUCAUCAACUGAGUUCGAGUCGAACUCGGCUGAGUUGGGUGGCAUGGCAGGUUCAUCGGGGGUUGGUGAUGAACCUGCUCGCACCCAAAAAAGGCCUAGGCUUGUGUGGACACCACAGCUACAUAAAAGGUUUGUGGAUGCAGUUGCACAAUUGGGGAUCAAGAAUGCUGUUCCCAAGACUAUAAUGCAGUUGAUGAGUGUAGAUGGCUUAACUCGUGAGAAUGUUGCUAGUCAUUUGCAGAAAUAUAGGCUUUAUUUGAAACGUAUGCAGGGUUUUUCUAAUAGUGGCAGUGUUUACGGGACAGGGGUGGAUCCCGCAACAGAUGAUCUGUUUGCGAGUUCACCCGUGCCUGCUCAUUUUCUGCAUCCAGGGAGGGGAAAUUCUGAUCAUUACAUGUCAUUUGUGCCAGUGGCUGCAGUUAUUGGACAUGCUCCACAACUUCAGCAGCAGUAUAGGCAUUUCGGGUCACUGCCCAACGGGCAGUGUGAGGUUCCAUUCUUGCCCCGGCAGUCGCAGCAGCCGGUUCAGAGAAUAGGGACAUCAGUGCAUAGUAGUAGUUCUGUGUUGGAGCCAGCUACAGCUACUAAUGGGAGGAAGGUUCUUACUUUGUUUCCAAAUGGGGAUGAUUGA